UGCAUUUAUGCAGAUCUAUUACUUCCGUGUCAGAAGCUUUGGAUGCAAUCUGCUGUCACUAGAGGUUUCAGACUUGCUAGAUGCUGACUGGGUUCCAUUUGGGUUCCUUUUUAUUGCUGAUGUAGGUGUGUGAGGGUGUGAAAGUGUGAGUGUUGCAGGGAGUUGGGUGAGAGAAAUCGAGCCGAUUCUCUCUUUCUCAGAGAGUGUGCGCACAGGAUGGCUGAUGGCAAGAGACACUGGAACAAGGAGGAUGAUCUCCCGGUGUACCUGGCGAGACCGGGUACCACGGCCCAAACACCCCGGCAGAAAUACGGAGGCAUGUUCUGCACCGUGGAAGGUGCAUAUGAGAGUAAGACAAUAGAUUUCGAUGCCUACAGCGUCGGGCGACGGAGCUCCAAGGCAUCCAGGAGCUCCAGCCGGCAUGACAUCCUGUCCCCGGAAUCGGACGGAAUGAGCGAAACUGCCAGCGACAUCAGUGAGAUCUCCGGCUCAGUCAUCAGUUCUCCCAGCGAAAGGGAAGAGAGGGCCCCGCUGGAGAUCAAAGCUGCGGCGGCCAAGGAGCUGCUCCAGGGCUGGGAACCAGGCAAGAGUGAUCGGAUUCUUAUCAAAGGUGGGAGGAUCAUCAAUGAAGACCGGUCCUUCUAUGCUGAUAUUUAUCUAGAAGAUGGAAUCAUAAGCCAAAUAGGGGACAAUCUAAAUGUUCCUUCUGAUGUGAAAACUAUUGAGGCGAAUGGCAGGAUGGUUAUCCCAGGAGGAAUCGAUGCAAACACCUAUUUGCUGAAACCCCAUAUGAGCACCACUAGUGUAGAUGACUUUUUUCAAGGAACAAAGGCAGCCCUAGCAGGAGGAACAACCAUGAUAAUUGACCAUGUUGUACCAGAUAAGAAUGCUACUUUGCUGACAGCCUUUGAAAAAUGGCACGAGACAGCAGAUAACCGUUCCUGUUGUGACUACUCUCUACAUGUGGAUAUUCCUCAUUGGAAUGAAGGAAUCAAGGAAGAGUUGGAGAUCCUGGUACAAGAGAAAGAUAUCAAUUCAUUUCAAGUCUACAUGGCAUAUAAGGAUCUAUUCCAACUGACUGACAGUGAGCUUUAUGAGGCGUUUACUUUCAUGAAGGACCUGGGUGCUGUCAUCAUGCUCCAUGCAGAAAAUGGUGAAUUGAUUGCUGAGGAGCAAAAGCGAAUCCUGGCAAUGGGAAUUACGGGACCUGAAGGUCAUGUUUUAAGCAGGCCAGAAGAGCUGGAGGCAGAGGCUGUUUACCGCGCUAUCACUAUUGCUAAUCGGAUCAAUUGUCCGCUCUACAUCACCAAGGUGAUGAGUAAGAGUGCGGCGGAUGUGAUUGCUCAAGCCAGGAAAAAAGGAGCUGUAGUUUUUGGAGAGCCAAUCACUGCAAGCCUUGGGACAGAUGGAACACAUUAUUGGAGCAGAAAUUGGGCCAAGGCUGCGGCCUUUGUGGCAUCACCACCACUGAGUCCUGAUCCCACAACACCUGACCACCUGAGUUCACUGUUAGCCUGUGGAGACCUGCAGGUUACGGGAAGUGGCCAUAGUACCUUUACCACUGCUCAGAAAGCCAUUGGAAAAGAUAACUUCUGCUUAAUCCCGGAAGGCACCAAUGGCAUUGAAGAAAGAAUGAGCAUUAUUUGGGAGAAAGCUGUGGCCACAGGUAAAAUGGAUGAGAAUCAAUUUGUCGCUGUCACCAGCACUAAUGCUGCCAAAAUCUUUAACUUGUACCCAAGAAAGGGCAGGAUAGCUGUGGGAUCUGAUGCUGACAUCGUCAUUUGGGACCCAGACACUGUUAAAACAAUCUCUGCCAAGACACACCGCUCGGCUGUGGAAUACAAUAUUUUUGAGGGUAUAGAAUGCCGUGGUGCUCCACUGGUGGUCAUUAGUCAAGGGAAUAUAGUCCUGGAAGAUGGGAACCUGUACGUAAACCAGGGAACAGGACGGUUCAUCCCCCGCAAACCAUUCCCUGAAUAUAUUUACCAACGUAUUAAGAUCCGCAACAAGUCAACGGAAUUGCAUCCAGUAUCUCGAGGGAUGUAUGAUGGUCCAGUGUAUGAACUUCCAGUUACACCCAAGUAUGCCACCCCAGCUCCCUCAACCAAGACAUCCCCGACGAAGACGCAUCCCCCACCGGUGCGGAACCUGCAUCAGUCUGGGUUUAGUCUUUCAGGUGCCCAGUUUGAUGACAACGUGCCACGUCGGUCUGGACAUCGUAUUGUCAAUCCGCCUGGUGGUCGCUCGAACAUCACCAGCUUAGGGUGACCAAGACUGGAAGGUGGAGCUGCUGGUGGCUGAUGCAGGCAG